AUGUCAGGCCUCAUGUAUCACGGACCUUCGACGUCCGAGAAGCCUGAUCUUGGACUCGACAAUGCCGCCGAGAGCUCCUUCUGUCAGUUCUUCAAGUCUAUGCCCAAAUCCUCAGCGGGUACCUUGCGUCUCUUUGACCGUUCCGAGUUCUACUCUGCGCACGGCGACGAUGCUAUCCUCAUCGCCAACCUCGUCUUCAAGACCCACUCUGCGCUCAAAUAUCUUGGCAGUGGCGGGAAGGACAAAGGACUGCCUUCCAUCACUCUCAGUGUCGCAGCAACAAAGAACUUUCUCCGCGAAGCGCUCACCACUCGUCAGAUGCGAGUCGAGAUCUAUGGCAACACGGGUGGCAAGCGCAACAACUCAUGGACAGUCAUCAAGCAGGCAUCUCCAGGCAACCUGCAGCAGAUGGAGGACAUGAUCUUUGUCAAUGCCGACAUUGUCAGCUCGCCCAUUGUGAUGGCGCUCAAGAUGACUACCCGCGACGGCGUCAAGACCGUUGGAGCUGCCUUUGCGGACGCAACCAACCGCGAGCUCUGCGUGGCCGAGUACGCAGAGAAUGACCUAUUCAGCAACACUGAAUCGCUUAUCAUUCAGCUCGGUGUCAAGGAGUGCAUACUGCCGAAAGAUGACAAAGGUGCUGAUCUAGACCUCAAGAAGCUUCGCGAAGUCGUCAACCGUUGCGGUGUCGUCAUGUUCGACAACCGACGUGCAGACUUCUCCGGCAAGAACAUCGAGCAAGACUUGCGACGCUUGCUCAGAGAGGAAGCAGCAGGUAUCACUGUUCCAGAGCUCGAUCUCAAGGUUGCAAUGGGCGCUGCAUCUGCCCUCAUCUCCUAUCUGGCCUUGCUCACGGAUGAGCUCAACUUUGGCCAAUAUACCAUCCAUACACACGACCUCUCACAAUACCUUCGUCUCGACAACUCGGCAUUGCGCGCACUCAAUCUCUUCCCUGAGCCGGGUCAGACGGGCUCUAGCAAAAAUACCAGCGUGUACGGCUUACUGAAUCGCUGCCGCACCGGUCAGGGUCAGCGAUUGCUGGGACAGUGGCUCAAGCAGCCCCUAGUCAACGUACAUGCAAUCAAGGAGAGGCAAAACUUGGUCGAAAUUUUUGUGAACGACAACAAUACACGCGAACUUCUUCAAUUGGACUACCUCAAGCUAAUGCCAGACAUGCAUCGCAUCAGCAAGCGAUUCCAGAAGGGUGUUGCGACGCUAGAGGAUGUUGUGCGUGUCUACCAGGCUGUCUUGCGGCUGUCAGGGCUGAUCCAAAUGCUCGUCGACAUGGAGACGCCAUCAGACACACACCAGCAGCUGCUCGAGACCACAUACAUUGAGCCUCUCAAGCAGCACGAUGCCGCACUGGCAAAGUACGCCGAGUUGGUCGAAGCCACCAUCGACCUGAACGAGCUCACACACCACAACUUUGUCAUCAAGCCCGACUUCGACGAUGACUUGCGCCAGAUCAAGGAGGCUUUGGACGACACCCGUGACAAGCUCGACGAACAGCAUCGUUUGGCGGGCAAGGAACUGAAGAUGGACACGGAGAAGAAACUGCAUCUCGAGAACCACCACGUGUACGGUUACUGCCUUCGUGUCACACGUACGGACGCUGGCUUGGUUCGCAACAAAAAGGGCUACUCGGACAUCGCCACUGUCAAAGGUGGUCUAUACUUCACCAACGAAGCACUGCGCGACCUUGCCAACGGCUUCAAGGACUUAUCAGAGCGCUACAGCCGAUCGCAGAGUGGGUUGGUUAAGGAGGUCAUUCAGAUUGCGUCUUCCUACUGCUCGCCAUUGGAGAAGCUCAACGUAGUGCUGGCACACCUUGACGUGAUUGUCAGCUUUGCUCACGUUUCGGAGAACGCACCAGUACCCUAUACCAAGCCCAUUGUCAGCGAGAAAGGCACCAAUGCGGAUCUUGAACUUCGUGAUGCCCGCCACCCAUGUCUCGAAGUUAUGGACGACGUCAACUUUAUUCCCAACGACACCGAAAUGGUGCGUGGCUCUUCCGAGUUCCUCGUCAUUACAGGUCCUAACAUGGGAGGCAAGUCGACCUACAUUCGACAAGUUGGUAUCAUUGCGCUCAUGGCUCAAGUUGGAUGCUUCGUUCCGGCCGAAGCGGGUGCUAAGCUUCCUGUAUUCGACUGUAUUCUCGCGCGAGUCGGAGCAGGUGACAGCCAGCUCAAAGGUGUCUCCACUUUCAUGGCCGAAAUGCUCGAAACAGCAACAAUUCUCAAGACGGCCACUAAGGACUCGCUCAUCAUCAUCGAUGAGCUGGGACGAGGCACGUCCACAUAUGAUGGCUUCGGUUUGGCCUGGGCCAUCUCUGAAUGGAUCGCUACUAACAUCCGGUGCAAGUGUUUCUUCGCUACACACUUCCAUGAGCUCACGAACUUGGCUAGCCAACAAACGCACGUGCGCAACCUCCAUGUCGUGGCACACGUCAAACAGCGCCAAGGUGGUUCGCGACAGGAUCGCGAUAUCACGCUGCUGUACAAGGUAGAGCCGGGGAUCAGCGACCAGAGUCUUGGUAUCAAUGUAGCUGAGCUCGCCAAUUUCCCUGCCUCGGUCAUUGCGUUGGCGAAGAGAAAGGCGGAGGAGCUGGAGGAUUAUGAUGAAGACGACCCCAAGAGUGGCAAGACGGUGCUGGAUAGCUUGCCGGAAGAUGUGACAAAGGAAGGAGCAGCACUGAUAGAUGAGUUCCUGAAGACGUGGGCUUCGCGGACGCAGCAAGAAGAUGCGGGGACAGCUAAGCGUGCGCGUCAUGCGGAUCCUGAGGAGGAGCUGCAGGAACUCAGGAAGAUGGUGGACGAGUUUAGACCUCGCAUCGAGGCGAAUGCUUGGGCUGCCAAGGUGUUGGAGAGCUUCUGA